GGACAGGGGACAAGGGCCCCCGCCCGCUCGGCUCCGCCCCCGCUGGUGACGUCACGCCCGGAGGGAAGCCGCGGGGCGGGGCGGGGUGGCUGUACGCAUGCGCCGGUCUCCUGCGCCGUUUCCAUGGCAGACGCGGUCAACAGCCGGGGGCAGCGGGGUCCCGGCGUGCACCGCGGCGCAGUCCCAGCAUGAGCGCGGCCGAGCUGGAGGAGUGCGUGUCGCGGGCCUAUGAGAUCAAGCGGCGCCUGGGCAAGGGGGCGUAUGGCAUCGUGUGGAAAGCGGUCAAUCGCAGGACGGGAGAAAUCGUUGCCGUCAAGAAGAUCUUUGAUGCUUUCAGAAACCGAACAGACGCUCAGAGAACGUUCCGAGAAAUUAUGUUCCUGCAGGAAUUUGGGGAACAUCCAAACAUUAUCAAAUUGCUUGAUGUCAUACGAGCCCAGAAUGACAAAGACAUCUACCUGGUUUUUGAGUCUAUGGAGACAGAUUUGCAUGCUGUGAUCAAGAAAGGGAAUUUAUUGAAAGACAUCCACAAGUGUUACAUUCUCUACCAACUAUUGAAGGCCACCAAAUUCAUCCAUUCGGGAAAUGUCAUUCACAGAGACCAAAAGCCUUCAAAUAUCCUGCUGGAUGCAGACUGCUUUGUUAAGCUUUGUGAUUUUGGUUUGGCCCGCUCCUUGUGUCAGAUCCAUGAGGACCAAGGCAACCCUACACUAACAGAAUAUGUGGCAACACGCUGGUACCGUGCUCCUGAGAUCCUGCUUUCCUCUCACAGCUACACAAAGGGGGUGGAUAUGUGGAGCAUUGGUUGCAUUCUGGGAGAGAUGCUGCUUGGAAAACCUCUUUUCCCUGGAACAUCCACAGUGAAUCAGAUAGAGAAGAUACUGUGUGUCAUUCCUGCCCCAUCCCCAGAAGAUAUUUUAGCUAUGCAGUCAGACUACAGAGCCUCAGUUAUCAACCGCAUUUGUUCCAGACAACGAGUGACAUUUGAGGAACUUUUACCUUCAUCUACACCCCCUCUAGCUCUGGACCUUCUAAAGAAGCUCUUGGUAUUCAACCCUGAUAAACGGCUGACAGCUGAGGAGGCCUUGCAGCAUCCAUAUGUGAAAAGGUUUCACUGCCCUGCUAAGGAGCCCUCCCUGGACUAUGAUGUGAUUCUUCCUUUAGAUGAUGAUAUCCAGCUCUCUGUGGCAGAGUAUCGGAAUAAGUUGUAUGAGAUUAUCCUGGAAAAGAAGGUAAAUAGCCGUCAAAAGACACAAGUUCAGAGAGAAAAUAAUCGACCAUCUCAAUCUGAGUCCAGAUCAUCUCUUCCAAAUACCAGUACUUUGCCUUUACCUACCAGUAGUGACCAGAGAGAACCAACGCCUGCUCUUCUGAAAAACUCCCCUGUGCCUGUGGGACCUAAAGUGCCUUGUGAAGUAUCCAGCCAAAGAGAGGGUUUAGGAGGAACUGUGUGCCAGAGAACAAAGAUCAACAUGACGUACAAUCCUAUAACGCAUACCACUGCUCAGAAUAACGUGGUUUCUGGCAGCAUGACCAGAAACCACUCAGCACCACUUCCUCAGCAUCAUAGAACUUCCUCGGUCAGCAGGAAGCUGGGAAGACAAGUCACAUGGAUGAAUGUAGACACUCAGCCACCUGCUGUGAGCACACAGAAUUUCUAUAACGGUCAUCAAGAGCUGAGAGGUCUUGAUGCUCAAGGUCGCUCCAUGUCCAACCCGAGAUCAUUUUCGCUAUCUAGACAGGCAAAGGAGGCAGCUAUCCACAACAGCCUGAUGAGGAAGGAUACUCCUGCAAUAGUGGGUGUGACAGCAACCAGUGCCAGACUGAAUUCAAGAAGCCCUCCAUUCCAGAGUAAGGAUGCUCACCCUCUUUUGAAGUCCAGCAAAAAGAUGUUCCAGAUCACAGCAAAUAUGGGAGCUGCUGGAGAUCCCAAGGCAUCGAUGGGCAGUUACUCCCAGUCCUAUGGGACCAUAUGUAAAUCUGCACUCCACAGUCUUCCAGUAUUAAAUGUACAACAGCAUUGAGUAUGCAGCAGCACUGACCAGGUGGGCGACAUUCUAUCUUGCCCGUCCGUGGCCCUGCAAGAAACAAAGCACUGGGGUACAGCUCCACAUACUGGCAGUUGGCAGGCCCAUCCAGUGUGAGAGAAGUGCUGCACUUACCAUGUGGAACACCACAACACUUCUCAUGAGUAAGGCAGAAGUAACAAUGUGGUAUCUCUCCAGUUGCUAUCUGAAACCUGUGCUGACACCUGAGAGUGCCAGUCAGGGGCUGCAACAUCAUUUGCUCCCACACAACACUGUUGGCACAGUUAAUUUUAUGUACUCCUUGUACAGUAUCUCAAAUCAUUACAGAAAGCUGCUUUAUUCUGCUGCUCAACUGUUGUCACAGACCUCAGGUUGUUCUUUCCAUCUUUACCAGGCUCAUUCUACAUGUAUGCACUGAAUCCAGGUUUUGAAGGGGAACAGGUAAUUGGCAACAGGCCAUUCUCUGAAGCCCAAGAGGUCUCAAAUUACAAUGGAUAAUCUUGAUCAUCCUUUACCAUAUGUGCCCAUGAAUUCCUAUGUGGCCCUUUUAGGAUACAGAAGUAGUAAUUAGAGCCCUCUUUUGCUCUAAUCAGACAGAAAUUAUCUUCUAGCUAUAUAUUUUUUUCUCCAGUGUAUUUAAUACCAGAGCUAUCAUAUAUUCUUCUCUUAUUGUAAUAAAUUGCUUACAAUUCACUGCAGAACGUUCCUUCCUCUUAUGGCAUGUUGUUUGCUAUGUAAGGUAGCGAAUGAUAGAGUAUCACUUUCUCUGUCUAAUAAUUAUAUGUGUUUUUCUUUUCCUUUCACAAUGCAAUACUCUGUGAGAUCCCAUUGUUUUGGAGCAACUAUAGUUCCAAAAGACUUUACAAAAAUCCGAUGUGUUAAUGUAACCCAGGACUUUGUUAGUAAGUGUAAAGAAUUGUAUAAUUAAUAGCAUAUCCCCAACGCCAUUUUCACCUUACAGAACAAAGGAGCCACAGUUAGGAUUGAUGGGUGGGUAAAGUGAAUGAAGAGAGAUGUGAACGUGCCAGUGAGUAACUGACUUGAUCACUUUGUUGUUCACGUCCAGACUUUUUAAUGUACAGCUUUGAUGCAGAAAGUACUUGCCUACUAUAACAGCAAAUAACCCAGAUGUUUGUAUACAUAUAUAAAAAGAUCUUGGACCAGAACAUGAUCUGAUGUGACUCAGUGUGGCACUGUUGGAAAGACACUGAUUCAUACUACUUGAGAAUCUAGACUGUAUAUAUUUUAUUGCAUCUUAAGCCCCUUACAUUUUGCUUUUUUACCCACACUGUAAAACAUUCUGGAGAAGCAGCUUUUUGUAUGACGUACUGCAUAACGUAAGUUAAGGCUUCCUGAGUUUUAUGAUUUUUAUUUUCUCAAAUAUAAAUAUUUCACUGAGUUAUGUACCUCGA